AUGGAAGCCAAAAUAAUUGAAAUGGCAGCCCUAGGAAGGGCUUUGCAUCCUGGCAUGUUGUAUGACUGCCGCAGUGAUUCUGUCAUUCCAGGUAUUUCUCUAUGGGAUACUGAAACAAUAAAGAAGGGUGUAGUUUCCCGUCGACAGCCCAAGACAGAUCUGAAGUUCACUGCUUCUGAUUGUCUCAGUGAGAAAGCCAAACUCCUAGAUGUGAGCGCCUCCCUUACAGCUAGCAUCCUGGGAGGUUUAGUGGAUGUUGGAGGGUCAGCUAGGUUCUUACGUGAUAACAAAUCCUCCGCACGUCAGAGCCGGGUUUCUCUGCAGUACAGCCAGACAACAAGAUAUGAACAAUUUACUAUGGACCGCAAUAUCACCUACCCAAAGGUGUUCGAAGAUGGAACUGCCACGCAUGUCAUUACUGCUGUACUGUAUGGAGCUCAGGCUUUCAUGGUGUUUGAUCUAACAGCCAAUGAAGAUGAAAACAAAGAAGAAAUCGAGGGAACCUUAAAUGUAAUGGUCAAAAAUAUACCUUUUAUUGAUAUUGAGGGAGCUGGAGGUCUAAAAAUGAGUGACGGUGAAAAAAAAUUGUCUGACAAGAUCAGUUGUACAUUUUAUGGUGACUAUGAACUUGAGCAGAACCCCACCACAUACAUGGAGGCCCUGCAGCUAUACAAGGAGCUUCCAUCACUGCUGAGGAAGAGGGAGAAUGAUGCAGUACCAAUGAAGGUUUGGCUUUAUCCCCUUGCACAUUUGAGUAAAAAAGCAGCUACACUGGAGAGGGAAAUUCAUAAGACACUGAUCACUAAAACAGAAACUCUAUUGGAAGACCUGAGAAAUGCAGAGACUCAAUGCAAUGACCUGAUUACAAACACAACAGUAAAUGAUUUCCAGGAUGUGAGACGAAGGGUGAAGACAUUGCAGGCAUUGCUAGAAGUCUACAAGGUGAUUUUUCUAAAAGUGUUGCGUAGGCUCAUUCCUGCUAUACGGGGUGGAAAGGAGAAGGAGCAGGCACUAGCAGACAUUAUAACCAUCCAUCAGAAGUCUCCCUUUAGAGUUGAGAAGCUGAAUCAGUGGUUUGAGAACAAUCAGAGUGAAUUACAUCUGCUGAAUCUCUAUACCCAGCAACUGGCUGGUGUCCCUGUUGUAAAAUACUCAGCCCUGUUGAGCAACAUUCUCAUAGAUCCCAGUGUUGAUACUGUGGUGUGCUUCUCCUUCACCUCUCUGAAGUAUGAAGACCCAUAUUUGUCCAUUCUAACAAAAUUUUUGAAAGUAGAUGAGUUUGAAAACCUGGUAACAGUUCCAGAGUCAGCUGAACAAUUGUGGUUCCACAGUCCUGAAUUAAGUGAGAAGAUGAAAGAUAACCUUUUCCUCUUCAGAAGUUUUUUCCAAGCUAAUAAAGAUGACAAACAAAUCAGGUUUGUCAUUGUCUCAGUCUCUGACCCCUCUAAUCCUGGAAUCUCCAUCCGUCUUUAUAAAAAAGGGAAAAUGGUGGACAGUGCAUUUAAAACUGUGUCCAAACCACCUGCACCCAAGGUGAACAUUCAGGACAGAAAUAUGAUCUUGAAGCUGCAGAAGUCCCCAACUGGAUCGACAGUGCGGUUCAGAGUGGAAUACAGGACAAUACAGGCCACUGAUUCAGAAGCUGAUGUGGAAAAAUGGGACGUUACAGAGACUCCAGAUGCUCAGGAGAACUUCACACUGACUGGAAUUAAGCCUGCAAAUCAAUAUUGGGUUCAGUACAGAGCUAUUAGUGAAGUUGGAGUGAGUGAAGCCAGCGACUCUGUCCUCUUCUCUCGCCAAGGAAAAUUAAAAAUUUCUUUGGGCCAGAAUUGGAACUGGAGCCAUUGGUCCAUUAUUAAUGAACUAAGGAGCCAAAUGUUGAGUAACUUGUGCACUUCACAGUGGAGUCCCUCAAACAUCCAGUCAGAGGUUAAAAAUUUAUUGAACAACCCUAAACUUCCCUUUGUGGUUGAAAUCCCUGGAGGGAUGAAACCAGGAAUGGCUUUGUGCAUCCAAGGGGUUGUUAGUGAAAGGGACGAAUGCUUUUUCUUUAAUCAUAGAACUGGGACCAGUGGUCGUGAUGACAUCGCUUUUCAUUUGAUGCUUGUGCCCAAUUUUUCUUUUGAAUGUAACAUGUACCAGGAUGCAAAAUGGGGGGAUGCAGAAAUUUACCCUGGGUGCUCUUUAUCCAAAGGUUCACACUUUGUUCUCUUCAUUGUCAUCAGUAAAGAAGCCUAUGAGGUUUAUUUGGAUGGACGGAGGUACUGCUUGUUCAAGCACCGUAUACCAGUGGAUAAAGUGAAGGUACUUCAAGCUAAAGGAAAUGUCAUUAUAAACAGCGUUGGUGUUGUUUCGAACUGGAGUGCAUCUACCUUUGGUAAAGAACAACGUUCUGGCAUCUCACACUGGGAGCUUUCUAACAUCCGGUCAGAUGUGAAUUAUCCACUCUGUAAACCUGACCAGCCCUAUUCGUACCCAAUCCCUGGAGGAUUAAAACCUGGACUGGCUUUGUUCUUCCAAGGGGUAGUUCCUUUAGGUUCUGAGUGCUUUGAAAUAAAUCAAAAGGCUGGGCCACAUAAACAUGAUGAAAAUAUCUUCCACUUCAAGACUUACCUAUCAUGUGUGGUCUGUGAUACCUUCUGUAAUGAUGAAUGGGAGAAACAACAACUGACAGAGGAUCCCAUAUUUGCUGAAGGAGAAGCCUUUGAUAUCUUCAUGCUUACUAAACAAGGAUCCUAUGAUGUAAUUGUAAAUGGACGCCAUUUAUGUACGUUCAAAGAACGUAUACCAAUGAGCAAAGUCGCCAUAAUUGAAAUCUCGGGAAAUGUGUUCAUGAACACAUUUGGCAUUAUUCAAGUGGAUAAUGCUAACCUGACCCUUGACAUUUCAGCCCUUAUGUGAGCACACUACCACCAGGAGCCUUGAGCUUGACCUUGUUUUUUUUUUCGUGUAUUGGUUUGUGCAGGUGACCCAGUGGUGGUGACGCUUAGUGGUCACAUAAGCAUUCAUAAAAUUAUGGGCUUAUUGCUGUUAUAUUAUUAUAUGAUUUUACUAUAAACACUAUGCUGAUGAUAAAGUAUGGUUGAUUUGUGUUAAUCUUUAUCAAUGUGUCUAGGAUGGUGGAAGAAUAGAUAUCUGCGGGUCAUUUUGUUGGAUAAUAAACUAAUUAUGGAAUAUAAUGAAAGCCAUAUUAAUCCAGUAAUUUUAUAUUUUAGAGAAACUAUAGGUCAAUGCAAAGUAUAGGUUAAAUAAUUAAGACAUUCCUAGAAAUUUUGCUUAAUAUAUGAAAAAAUGAACAGGCUUAAAAAUGUGUUAUCAAUCAUUACUAUCAAAUUUACCUGUUUACUUUAAAAAUUUUAAUUGGCUUACUCUUCUCCAUUUUGUAAAUACAUGUGAUAAAUAUAAGUUUACUUUUAUUACAAUGACACAAACCCAUUGACCAAAUGGAAAAGGCUUCACCCCAUUCAGCAUCAAGAUUUUGUUAACAGUAGUAAAUGACUGCAAAAUAGCAAGAAUAUCUUAGUUAACCCAUGUGUAAUCUACGAGCUUAUAUUACCUUUGACCAAAACAAAGUAAAAAAGAAUUAAUGCAGAUGUUUACACUUCAAAAAAAACCACUAAAUUUAUCAAAUAAAUUAUUUGAUAGUAACAUUUUUGGUAAAUUUGAAGGACCUAAAAUCCCAUAUUCCAGUCUAAUAAUUCGAAGAAAUAAUUAAAGAAACCUGUGUGAGUUUAAAACUUCCUAUUAGGUUGUGUUUGACAAUACACUAAAAAAACACAUAUUUAUAGCAGCAAUGAUAUUUAUUGCUGAAGGAAUCUUAGAGAAACUAGCAUUUAAUCCAAAUUCAUGACUCACUCUUAUCAGUUUGUUUCAGACUGAAAAUAUGUUUGUCUUUCUUUUUGUCUUUAAAUUAAUUUGCUUUAAUUUUUCUUUACUGUUAUAUACUUUAUUU